AUGAAUAGCUUUACAAAUAUUUUAUUAUGUCUAUAUGUAGCUACGGUGUCAACAGUUGUUCUUCCUGAAUUACAUGUUAUUAAACAAGCAACAUUUAAAUAUCCAUACAGCUGUCAACCACAACCAAUAAAAUACGAAAAUUGUGCUUUGUUUCUUACCCAAUACGGUGUAUCACGCAAUGCACCCGACCUCUUAUAUAAUGGUGCUUGUGGUAGUGAUAAUGUCUUUGAUGUUAUGCUUGCUGGUUCAAAUUUUGGUAUGUUAAGUGAUUUAGGUGAUGUACCAUUAGAAACUGUAUCUGCAUCCAAGGCUUUCAAUUACAAUAGAACAGUUGGUCAAGAUAAUGAAUUUGUUGAUAGUAUUCCUGUAGUCAAAGGACAUACUUAUGCUGCAGUUUUAGCUAAAUCAGACAUUCGUGCAUUGUUUGUUUUUCGUGUAGAAAGUUAUGAACGAAGUGGUCCAGCUGUAAUUUCAUAUGCUGUUAAACAAUAUGCUAUGAUGGAAGUAGUUCAAGAAGCACCUGGCUUUGAUUGGGAUGCUCCAAAUCAUUAA